AUGGACGAGUACCACCACCGUCACCGCAUGGGCGCCGCCGCCGACUUCCGCCGCGACCUCGAGGACCUCGUCUGCGACCACCUGGGCGGCUGCUUCUCCCCGCCCCCUUCAUCCUCCUCCUCAUGCUCCGCCGCGGCGGGGGGAGGCGCCGCGGACCAUGAGCCCGACGGCGAGGCCGAGUCGUCGGCGGCGCGCAGGCGGAGGCGGGAGUCGCGCCUCCUCAGCCGCUGGGUCGCGCGCCAGGCCGAGGAGGUGCUCUCCUCCAUGGAGCGCGAGGUCGAGCGCCGCAACCGCGAGGCCGAGCUCCUCGCGCUCGCGCGCCUCCACCCGGUCUCCACCCUCGACCCAUCCUCCUUCCUCCUCUCCUCGCCCGCCGCGCCGCCGCCGCCGCGCCCGCAGGCGCCCUCCCCCGCCGCGCCCUCCUCGCUCCUGCAGAUGUGGCGCGAGCUCGAGCACCGCCGCGCCGACGCCGCCCACGCCCACCCCUUCGACCGCGAGCCCUCCCCGCACAACGCCGACCGUGACCGCGAGCGCGUGCGCCAGAUCGCGCGACGCCUCACGGACACCGCCGACGGUCAGACCGCCGCCGCCACCGCCGCCGCCACCGGGGAGUGGCUCGGCGAGACGGAGAGGCAGAGGGUCAGGCUCGUCAGGGAGUGGGUGCAGAUGGCCAGCCAGCCGCGCGACUCCCAUGGGGGCGCGCGCAGGGACGAGCCUGCUGCCAGCGCCGACAGGGACAGGCGAGGGGAGCCUCCUCGGCUACGAGGCCGGCAGGCGCGAUUGGAUGUCAUCAGCCGGAUGGCCAGGGAGCGUCAGCGCGAGCUGCAGGGAAUAUCAGGGUACCAUGUCGUGUCGGAGUUUCCUCGCCGCAGCCGCAACCGCAUCCAGGGACUGCUUAGGGGGAGGUUCUUGAGGAAUGGGGAGCUUCCAGUUGAAGAGGAGCGACCACCAUCUGUGGCAGUGAGGGAGCUCGGGCAGCUGAGGCAGAGCCAUCGUAUGCCCGCCUUGAGAUCAGAGAGUGUUGCAAGUAGUCAAGAUGUUAGCCAAUCUGAUGCUUCUGUGGCUGAGAGUGUUAGAUUACUUGGUAAUGAUGAAUCUCAGCAAGGGGCUGAUGUGGCUUUUACUGAUAAAUGUGGAUUUACAAGAAAUGGGUGCAGAUCGUGCGAGGCACACUCACCAAGUAUACCUUUGGAUGGCAUGGCUGUGAUGCAAGAGUCUCUAACUCAAGGUGAUAACAUGAGGCAAGAUGAGACAGAAGAUGAUACGGGAUUCUGGCAGUCAUCUUUGGAUGGCAGGCUUGAUAGGUGGCCCAGUGAGAUUGAUGAAGGUGCUGACAGAACUUGGGAAGAUAAUGCAGAAGACUUACACAGUGAAACUGUGGAGGAUGAUGACAGGGAGCAUGGUCAUCUACAAGAAGAGCAUGAUGGAUGGCAUGAUGACGAGUCUCAUGGUACCAUGGAGAACUGGCAAGAUGAUUACCAAGAUUCCGCACUUGAUACAGCCCCCAUUCCUAGGACCGAAAAUAGGUUUAUCCCACCUGACGAUGACAAUGUGUACAGCAUUGAACUUAGAGAAUUACUUAGCAGGCGAAGUGUGUCCAAUCUUCUUAGUAAUGGUUUUGGUGAAAGUUUGGAGCGAUUAAUAAGGUCAUAUGUUCAACGGCGUGGUCAUGGUCCCCUCAACUGGAAUCUUGAUGCAGCCAUGCCCGCUUCAAAUGCACCAAAUGCAAAUCAGGAACAAGAAAGGAACCUUGAAACUCGGCAAUUCCAGGCUCCUGUCAAUAGACCUGCCCUUGUUAUCCCUCCUCCACCUUUGCCACCGCGGCAACCAUUAUGGCACAGAGAACUGCGUCAUAACAAUUGGAGCAGCAGACACAGGGAAUGGGAUGCUAUUAAUGAUUUAAGAGCUGAUAUGGGUAGACUUCAGCAAGGGAUGAGCAGCAUGCAGAGGAUGCUGGAAGCGUGCAUGGACAUGCAGCUGGAGUUGCAGCGUUCUGUGAGACAAGAAGUGUCAGCUGCCUUGAAUCGAUUUGCAGGACCUGAAGGAUUCUCGAUGGAUCUGUCUGAAGAUGGAUCAAAAUGGAAUCAAGUGAGGAAAGGAACCUGCUGUGUAUGCUGUGAUACGCAAAUCGAUUCUCUACUGUACAGGUGUGGGCACAUGUGUACUUGCUCGAAAUGUGCAAAUGAGCUGGUGCGCAGUGGUGGCAAGUGCCCGCUCUGCCGGGCUCCCAUCGUGGAGGUGGUCCGCGCAUACUCGGUAAUGUAA